AUGGUGCUGUGGCGCCGAGGCCGGGCCGACCUGAGCGCCCUACUCCUAGCGACCGCCGUCGCCUCCUGGAUCCUAUUCCACGGCGCCUCCGGUUACACAGCCGUGUUGCUGGCCACCAACAUGCUCUUCCUCCUCCUGGUCAUGCUGUACGCGUGGUCCAGGGCCGCGCGCCUCCUUGGCCACCCCGCGCCGGCCAUCCCCGACCUACAGCCGGUGGCCGACGAGCUCGACGCGCUCAUCCGCUCCGGCCUCGCUGGCAUCGCCUCCUCCUUCCGCCACGUCACGCAGGGCCAGCCCGGCUCCGGGCGCAUCUUCGCCUGA